AUGACCAUUCAAAAUGAAGCUUUUUGCCAGUCCUAUGGUUGUCUCGAUCUUAACCAGAACCUGUCUGAAGGAGCAUGCCACGAAUCACCGUUUCAAUCCUCUAAGCACCGUUCCACACCAAACCUAUUAGCUCUAUCUAGAAGUCAGAUGGAGAGGAUUCAGAUCAUAUCCGAGUUCCAUGAUGGUGAAGAAGUACUUGUAAGUGAUCUGAAAACUGUCGUUAAGGUGUACAAAUAUCCAUUAGAAAAAUUGGGUAUACUUACCUCAACAGAAAUAAAUAAUCUGUUCUAUUCAAUUGAAGCUAUUAUACCAGUUUUUGAAGGAUUAGCAAAUAGUCUUUCAUCAGAAGUGAAUAAAUAUUUCAGCAUACCAUGCAUAGGAAUGAUCUUAUAUCUGUGGUUGGGUCUUGAAGUAAUAACAAAGCCACAACCUGAUUACUUUAAUUAUGGACGUAAAUGUUAUCCAUAUCCAACACAGAAUUAUGUUCAGUCUAUCUGUGAGAGUUACAUCGAGAUGAUGCCUUCAUCAAUAAAACUUCUCUUGGAUUAUUCAGCCCACUUAUAUGAAGCACGUAAAUAUUUUGAGGCUUUACGCGAACAAAAGCCUGCUUUUACUGAUUUUCUUUCACGUUGUUCACAUACACAUUUCAGUAAACGUUUGAAUUUGUGGCAUUUCUUGGAAUGUCCCAAAAGCAGACUGACUAGGUAUCCUUUAUUACUGAAUCGACUGAUCGAAUUGACACCUUCAACCGAUCCAGAACUCAGUCAUUUACUCGUUGUCCGGUCUGCCUUCACCUUUAUAAUUGACGAGUUAAACCGUCGAGUUGGUGAAGCUAUGCGUAAUUUGUACUUAAAAUGCAUAGGAUUCCACGGCAACUUAGAAUUACAGUACAAAGAUAUGGUAUGUCAUCAGAAAUCACUGUUAUUGAAAGGCAAUCUGCAUACUGAUAUUGGGGAAGUAACCGUUUUUGUUUUUCCUCAAUUAAUGCUUAUAACAAUAAGUUCUGAACCCGAUAAUAAUAGUCGCUUAAUACCACGUUGCUAUUAUGGCAAAUUAUCACGUCAAAUCACCAAGCCGCAUAUUACUACUUCAUCUAAAAACUCACCAACUUCACUUGUCUCUCCACUACCGUCUAUAAUAUGCUCUGCGAGUACACGAGUUUAUAGUCACCGAUGGUCUUUGUUAUCCAUUUUAAGGACUCGUUCACCAUCUGAUUCGGGAAAUGCUACCCAUAUAUCUUUUAACUCAGGAAAUCGACCUUCCAAGUAUGCACGAUUAUUUCGACGUUUAUCUUCAAUUAUGACAUCAUCGUCGACAAAGUUGGACAUUUCCAGACCUACAGAAACAACGUCUUUCACACCAGCCGAUGAAACUGUCAGUCUUGAACGAUUUCGUAUUUGCUAUCCGCCUUUAAUAUUAAAAGAUUAUGUUUUGGAAGAUAUAAGUGAUGAUAGUAUUCCUUCAACUAUAUUGAAAUUUCCUUUUUCCACAGAAAAAGCUCAUCGAAAUUUAUUCAAACUCUCUCCUUAUGAACAUAGUGUAAAACGAAAAUCUGGAAGAACUUCAACCAAACAAUCCGAUUUAUUACAUUCACACGAAAAGAUUAUAUCAAGAACAUCUCGUGAAACAACAUGGUUUUUUUCGUCAUCAUUGAUUAGUAGUAGGACUUCAUCGUUGUUACGAAAAUCUCGAAAAACAAUAUCUAGAGAGUUUCUGUUUAAAGCAUCUAGUCUGCAGGAUAAAAAGUUUUGGAUAACUACACUGACACCACUUGUUCGCAGUUAUUAUCAAAGGGAAUCAUGCAAUGACUUGGUUUUAGUUUAA